AUGGCAACCAAACAGCAAGUGACGGAAGGAGAUGAGGAGCCGCUCAGUCCAUUUGCACAGCUGUUCAGCUUGCCAGGUCUCGACGUCUUCAACAUUGUAACCAUUGGAUGCAAAACCGAAAGCGAUCCAUCCACAGUUAUUGAAGGAUUAAAGAACACUUUGACUAACCAUCCACGAUUUUCUAGCAUACUGGUGACGGGUCAUGGUGAGCACAAAGGAAAAGCUAAAUGGAUUCCAACGAAAGUAAACGUGGAAGAGCAUGUAAUUGUUCCGGAUAUAGAUCCCAACAUUGAGAAUCCUGAUGAAUUUCUUGAGGAUUAUACAUCAAACAUGGCUCUUUCUCCAAUGGAUAUGUCCAAACCUUUAUGGGAGUUUCAUAUAUUGAAACUUAAGACAUCACAUGCGGAAUCCGUGGCUGUGGCUAGGUUCCAUCAUUCUUUGGGCGAUGGGAUGUCUCUUAUGUCUCUUUUACUUGCUUGUACUCGAAAAGUAUGUGAUCCCGAGGCAUUGCCUACUUUUGUGGCUCCGAAAAAAGGCAAAGCCAAAAACGCUUGUUGGUCUGUGGUUGCUUGGUUUUGGUUCAUAGUAAGACUAGUGUUCCACACCUGUGUGGAAGUGACCAAGGCUAUUGUUUUUAUAUGUGUCGCGAAGGACACCCCAACUUCUCUAAUGGGUAAACCAGGAGUUACACUUAGCAUUAAUAAGUUUAUCCAUCGAAUCAUUAGGUUGGAUGAUGUCAAGAAGGUGAAGAACGCCAUGAACAUGACAAUGAAUGAUGUUCUCUUGGGGAUGGUACAAGCUGGUCUUUCAAAAUAUUUAAAUCAAAGAUAUGGCGAUCUUGAAACAACUUCAAAGGCAAGAAAAACUCUAGACAAAAUGUGCCUUCAUGGUGUUGUGUUUUUCAACCUAAGGCCAAACAGAGAUAUCGAGGAUUUGGCUAAUAUGAUGGCAAAAGGUUCUAAGUGCAGAUGGGGAAACUCAUUAGGUUAUGUCCUGAUUCCUUUGCAGAUGAAGCCAGAGGGUGAUAUACUUGAAUAUGUUCGAGAAGCCAAAAUUACUAUGGAACGUAAAAAAAACUCUCUCGAACCUCUAUUUUCCUCUGUGUUGCUCAAAUUGACUAUGGAGGUUUUUGGACUUACGGCACUCAAAAACCUUAUAAAGAGAGUAUUUGGUAGCACAACAAUGAUAUUCUCCAAUGUGGUUGGUCCAGCCGAAGAAAUUAGUUUUUUUGGCCAUCAUAUAUCUUACAUUUCUGCAAGUACCUUUGGUAUCCCACAGGCACUAGUUAUCAGUAUUCAAAGCUAUGUGGACAAACUUAUGAUCAACCUUGCUGUUGAUCUCGACGUGAUUCCCGACCCUCAUCACCUUUGUGAUCUCGUCAUCGAAGCUCUCGACAUGAUGAAUUCUGCAGCUGCUGCCCCAUAA